UCCAAGAGCAAAGAGAAGCUGUGAAACGUCAGAUCUGCGACGUAGAGCUUCAGAUGUUUUCGAACUCGUUCAACUUAGUUGCCGUCGCUACCAUGUUGAGCGCAACAGCCAGAUCUCGAUGGCGCUUUCCUCGCAACCAGCGGUGGUUUGAAGACACCCUGCCUAAUUUGGGAGAAGCGCACUUCAAGAGGUGUUUUCGUGUUUCACCAGCCACGUUCAGGUAUAUCGUGGAAUCUUGUCGCAGCGAUCUGCAACGUGUAGAUACUGUAAUGACCGAGGCCAUUUCCGUGGAAAAAAGAGUCGCCGUCGCUCUCUACCGUUUGUGUUCUACUGCGGAAGACAGGACGAUUUCAGAGUUAUUUUCACUUGGCCGUUCAACAGUGAACAAAAUAUACAAGGAGUUCUGUGCAGCCGUUCUGCAAAACCUUGAGGAAGCCUGGCUCAAGAUGCCUGCACCUGCAGACAUUGAAGAUCACAUGAGGGAGUUUCAUGCCAUGACUGGGUUCCCGCAAGGCGUUGGGGCACUCGACGGUUGCCAUUUCCCGGUGUCGCCUCCGAAAGAACAUGCUUCAGAUUACCACAACUACAAGGGGUGGUACAGUAUGAUCCUGCUGGCAAUGGUCGACCACCGUUACCGGUUCCGCUACACAAACGUCGGCUCUCCUGGGCGAUGCCACGAUGCAUUUGUUUAUGGCAGGUCGACACUUCGGAAGCUCAUUGAAAGUGAUUUAUUUCAACGUCAAACAGUUGCCAUUGAAGGUGUUCAUGUACCUCCUAUUAUUUUAUGCGAUCAGGCGUUUUCACUGACAUGUAAUCUUCAAAAGCCAUACGCAAAUGCAUUACCAAACACACCUGAAUAUGCACUUAAUUACAACUUGUCAAAAUCAAGAAGAAUUGUGGAAAAUGCUUUUGGACGAAUGAAAGCCAGAUUUCGCUUUGUUAUGAAGCGCAUGGAAUGCAGUCUUGACACUGCCAGAUUGGUCAUUAGGGCAUGCUGUGUUUUGCACAAUGUAUGUGAGGAAUUCCAAGAACGAGUAGAGCAGCAAUGGGAGCAAGAGGUAGCCAUGUGGGAUGCCACCCACGAACAGCCUGCUCAGAAUCAUGUGCUGGUAGUGGCCAAGCUAUAA